AGCAACUGGAACAAACUACUGAUACAUGUGACAACACAGGAGAAUCUCAAAAGCAUUGCACGAAGUGAAAAAAGACAGGUACAAAACAGUACAUACUGUAUAAUUACAUAUAUAUGACAUUCUAGAAAAGGCAACUAUUGUGACAGAAAGAGCGGCGGUUGACAGAUGCCAGGGUUGGGAGGAUGUUGACUGCAAAGAAAUACAGAAAAUGUUUUGGGCUGUUGGAUAUAUUUAUAUCUUUAUUGCAGUGGCAUUCAACACAAUUGUAAACAUUUGCCAAAAUUUAGAAUUGUACAUGUAGAACUGCUGAAUAACGUAUCGUAUGUGAGUUUUCUCAGUGAAGAUACAUUUAUAAAAUUCAAGCCUUUGACAGCUCUGGAAGCAACAUCAACUAUGAACACUCACAAAGUUCCUGCUACAGGCAGUGAGAGCAACGUGCUUGUGACUUGAGGUCCUAGAUUCUGGUAAAUCUCAGCCUCUACCCACAGGAUUUCUUAGUCUAUCUUGCAGAGAGAACAGAAUUCAAUCAACAUAAUUUUAAAAAAUGUGAAAUGAUCCCUACAAAUGCUGUAUUUUGCUGUUUCAGGUGCUUGGAAGAACAUGUAGUAGAGUUUUUCAUCAAACAAAUGAAACACAUCACAGAACUUUACUAAGAUGGACAACUCUGCACGAAAAGACCAACAGGCUCGCAAAAAGUAUUCCAGAAUUGUCAACCAAGUACAGAGAGGUUUUACCGCUGCAUAUCCAACACAAUCCAGCAUUCCUUAUAAAUAUCAGUCUGCGAAAUUUUCAGAAUCAGAAAAAAAAGGAUUUAACAGUCAAGCCAAGAGAUUUUAUCAUAAAAAGGAUGACAUCCCAGGCCCUGGGUUCUACAACGUCAUUCACCAGUCUCCAGUGUCCAACAGUGUCUCGUUAUCUAAGAAAGGGACGUGUGCUUUUCCCUCCACGCGUGCCCGAUUGGACACCUUCAUUUCUAAAUAUCCCGCAGCAAAUGCAUACACUCUCCCGUCGUGCUUUGUUUCGAAGAAAGACUUCAGUAAUUCCUGUUCCAGCAUGUUCCAGUUGCCAAACUUUGCGAAAGGUCUCAAAUUCGAAACUCCUGCACCAAACCAAUACAAUGCCUCCACCUCUUGCUGCGAGCAGAGAAACAACGUCAGUGCCCGAGCCGGGUUUCUGUCCAAAACCCAGAGAGGAGUUUUCAUUAACACUGAAAAUGGACCUGCCCCAGGGUAUUACAAUAUCAACGAGUCCCUUGUGAAGCAGUCACCGAAGAUAUUAGUGUCCUGUUUUAGGUCGAAAACUGGCCGUGGACUAAAACUGACAUCAAUAGGCCCGGGGCCCGGCUCUUACAACCUGAAUGAGCACAUCAAAAUUCCGAAAAAGACUCUUAUCCCGAGACACCCCAUUCUGAACUUCUCUACUCAGCCUUUGUCUCAGCCCCUGAAGCCACCUCUCCCAGGCCCUGGUCAGUACGAGAUCGUGGACUACACUGGGCCCCCCAAGCAUUUAAUCUCCAGUGCAUCGUUCGUGUCCAACACCAGACGGUGGACAGCGGCGCCGACCCAGCCAGAUCUGCCCGGCCCAGCCACGUACAAGCCGGAAUUCCCUGGAAAGCAGUCCUUUCUCUACAACGAGGACAACAAGUGGAUUCCGGUGCUGUAGCGACCGCACGGGCACGGGAAAGCCCUGGCCACCAGCUGCCCCACCCAGCUUCCCCAGGGCUGAUGAUGGGGGCAGGGGGCAGCU